GAAAUCGAAUGAGUCCCCGCCUACUUCCAUGGUUUGUGGCGGUUGCUUGGUAACUAGUCACAGCGGCUGGAGGACACGGGGAAAGGGGACCCUAUUCCGGCGGGCGCAGCUCGCGGGUAGUCCCAGCCUCUCCGCGCCUCCAUGUCGUACUCGCACCCUCCCAGGCGCACGGGGCUGCCCCGCGCCGUGCUGAGGUGGCUGCAGAGCCUGGACCUGAGCUUCUUCCCCGGGAACUUCCGACGGGACUUCUCCAACGGCUACCUCAUCGCCGAGAUCUUCUCCUGGUACUACCCCGGGGACAUCCACAGCCACAGCUACGAGAACGGCGCCUCGCUGGCCACCAAGCUCAGCAACUGGUCCCAGCUCGGCCAGUUUUUUUCCAAAAGAAACUUGAAGCCUGUCCAAGAACUAAUAGAUGGGACAAUUCACUGUAAACCGGGAGCAGCAGAAAUGUUGGUACAAGACAUCUACUCAAUGCUGACAAAUGGACGAAUUAAAAAUAUUCAGGAUGAGGUUGACUUUACAGACCACUAUUAUCAGGAGCAGUUACCAAUGGUCGCCAGGUCAACAGCUUCAAAGGCUAUCAAGAAUAACAUUAAGCUAACAGAAAUAAUGAUAGAGCCCAACAUUAACAAAAAUAGACAAAAGGUUAAUGCCAUCAUCAAUAUGCAUAUGCAACAGAGACUGGUAGAGAGGCAAGAGAACCCAAAGCGGUUUAACAUUAAACCAAGCUUGGCAGAACGUGCAGUUCGUCAUCCGGCUGCUGUAGGUCCCUCUGGGAGUGCGAUUAACAUCCAGAGAGAGAAACUUUCUUUUAUAUCAAACCUAGGGCUCCCAGAAAUCAGAGGCAAAACUGGUGUUCACUUCAAAGAAAUCCAGGUGAAACAAGCUGACAGAGGCUCUUUUACUGUGGAUGUAUAAGUGCGGCAACUCCAAGCACCUGGCCAAAAGGAUUCUAACUGAACACUGAAAAAAAAGUAUUGGAGAGACCUCAACUUUGAAAAUGUACAAGAUCAACUUUAUCUCUAUAAUUCUUUGACCAUAUCCAUUGGGAGAGAAUUGCCUGAUUGGUUUCAGUGUCUGUUAAAUCAGAGCAUUAUUUUCUUCUAGUAAAUGCCAAAACAAAAUACAUAUUGGAAAUCUGAUGUUUGUGGAAGUGUGACAAGCUAAAUCAUCACUAAACAAAGCAGUAUCUAAAAUAUACAUCACUGUAGUUUCCCUAUUGUUAGACGGCUUCCUUCAGUGACUUGGUACCAUAGUUGCUUUUACAGCUCAGCCUCCUCCUAGACUUGAUUACUUGCUAGAUUGAGUUGUUUUUAAUAUUUCAAGUUCUUUGUUAGUGAAAUUUUCCAAUUUACAGAUUGCAGUGGUGCAAGAUGAGUAAUGAUGAUGUGUAGUCAAACUUUUUGUACAUUGUGAUGUGAUGAGUUGAAUAAAUUUGACAGUUGUACUUUGUCCUUUUGUAUCUUGACCUACUGUACAUUAAUUUUUACAAUCUUAGAAAUAAGAUUAUUAUUAAUUUUUCGUAACUUAUCUAUAUCAAAGCUGGUCAUGGCUUUCGUUUCCUUCAUGUAUAGGUGUACGGAUCUGAAGUGUUCAAAGUAAAUAAAUCUAGUUUGUUGGAGAAAAAUCUCUCCCUUCACAGCUUUAGAAGUUGUUAUAUCCAAAUUAAAGCAAUUAAAAUUGUUUAUUGCAUCAGUGAUUAUCCUGCUUAUGCAUGCCUUUCAAAGAAUGUGUAGGCUGUAGCUCUAUUUCAGGAGAAACAGUUUUUUCAGUGUCCCAUUAAUUCAUGUACAUUUUGAAGGUGAUCUUCAGAAUGGAAAAUUAGGAACAUAAAUUUUUAAUGGAAGCUUAGAAUCUGUGGCAGCUGAAAACUCCCUUGGAAAUGAUUCUGUUAUUACAUAUAUUAAAAUCUGUGCAAGGUAAGGAUCUGAAUAGGGAGCAGGGAGCUGAUUUAAAUCAAAGUGAUUUAACUAUCAAUUUUAAUCAUGAUUUAUAUUAGCAAGUAGGACACCUUGCUUUAAAAUCAUCUAUAUUAAUCAUG